CAGUGCCCUGGGCACCACGGGCUGGACCCUUCCUGGGGGACCCUUCUCCACCUCCUGGGGGGCUUGGGCAAGCCCAGCUUGUUGUCUGUCUGCUCCUGUGGCUGUCAUGUCCCCUUGGGGAUGCACCCAGCUCCUGUGCCAUGGGGCAGACAUUGAGCUGAGUCCUGCCAGGGCUGCAGCCAGGGCUGACCCUGCUGCUCCUCUCUGGCUUCAGGCUGGGAGCGGGGUCUCUGCAGGUGGGAGAGCCCUGUGCUGGGGGAGGCGGGAGUGCAGGGCAGGAUGCGGGUUGGCAGCAGGGCUGGGGUGGGAGGGGAAGAAGACAAGAGCAGGGAGCAAUGCUCUGCACACUUGGAGGAAGUGUGAGCACCACUGCCCGCAGAGGGGCAGAUGCGCCUGGCACUGCCAGCAGCUGGGCAAGGCGUGUCUGUGGUGCUGACAUGGGCACUGCUCCGGGACUGCGGUCUGCUGGAAGGACAUGGGCUCUGAGCUCUCAUGGCAUCUGCUACCUGGGCAUCGCUGCCAUUGCAUGGGGCACGAUAACACAACUGGAGGUGAGUGCCUGGACAUACCACUACAGUGACCAAGGGGACUACACAUGGGAGCAGGCCAGGAACUACUGCCAGACCUUCUUCACUGACCUGGUGGCGAUCCAGAACAAGCAGGAGAUUGAGUACCUCAACAAGAGCCUGCCCUUCUAUGGGCGCUACUACUGGAUCGGCAUCCGCAAACUGAGUGGCACCUGGACCUGGGUGGGCACUAAGAAGGCGCUGACAAAGGAGGCAGAGAACUGGGCAGCUGGGGAGCCCAACAAUCGCCGCUCCAACCAGGACUGUGUGGAGAUCUACAUCAAGCGGCUGUUUGAGUCUGGCAAGUGGAAUGAUGAGCCCUGCAACCGGAGGAAAAAAGCACUGUGCUACCGGGCCUCCUGCCAGCCCUUCCCGUGCAGCCAGCGUGGCAAGUGUGUGGAGACCAUCGGGAGCUACCGCUGCGAGUGCUACCCUGGCUUCCAUGGUCAUGAGUGUGAGGAUGUUGUGCAGUGCACUGAGCUCGACCCCAAGGGAGUGCAAAUGAACUGCAGCCAUCCCUAUGGACGCUUCAGCUACAACUCCACCUGUGUGUUUGAAUGCCAGGAAGGGUUUGAACAGCAAGGGGCAAGCACCCUGCGGUGCCUGGCUUCCCAGAAGUGGUCAGCAGACACUCCCAUGUGCACAGCCAUCACCUGCCCAGUGCUCAGUGCUCCAGACUGGGGAGAGCUGAACUGCUCCCACCUCCACGGGGACUUCGCCUUUGGCUCCACGUGUGCCUUCUCCUGCCAGACAGGAUUUGCACUGAUGGGGUCGGAAAGCCGCGAGUGUAUAGCCACAGGAACCUGGACUGGGGAUACCCCACACUGUGAAGCCAUCACCUGCCCAGUGCUCAGUGCUCCAGACUGGGGAGAGCUGAACUGCUCCCACCUCCAUGGGGACUUCACCUUCGGCUCCACAUGUGCCUUCUCCUGCCAGGCAGGGUUUACACUGAUGGGGUUGAAGAGCCGUGAGUGCAUGGCCACGGGGACCUGGACUGGGGAUGCCCCAAGCUGCAAAGCCAUCAUCUGCCCAGAGCUCCAUGCUCCAGAGUGGGGAGAGCUGAACUGCUCCCACCUCCAUGGGGACUUCGCCUUCAGCUCCACGUGUGCCUUUUCCUGCCAGACAGGGUUUGCACUGAUGGGGCCAGAGACCCGGAACUGCACAGCUACAGGGACCUGGACUGGGAAUGCCCCAAGAUGUGCAGCCAUCACCUGCCCGGUGCUCAGUGCUUCAGACCGGGGAGAGCUGAACUGCUCCCACGUCCAUGGAGACUUCGCCUUUGGCUCCACGUGUCUCUUCUCCUGCCAGACGGGGUUUGCACUGAUGGGGCCAGAGAGCCGUGAGUGCACAGCCAUGGGGACCUGGACUGGGAACACUCCACGGUGCAAAGCCAUCACCUGCCCAGUGCUCAGUGCUCCAGAUCGGGGAGAGUUGAACUGCUCCCACCUCCAUGGGGACUUUGCUUUUGGCUCCACGUGUGUCUUCUCCUGCCAGAUGGGGUUUGCACUGAUGGGGCCAGAGAGCCGUGAGUGCACGGCCACAGGAACCUGGACUGGGGAUGCCCCACACUGUGAAGCUGUUGCCUGCCCACUGCUCAGUGCUCCAGACCAAGGAAAGCUGAACUGCUCCCACCUCCAUGGGAACUUCACCUUCGGCUCCACAUGUGCCUUCUCCUGCCAGACAGGGUUUACACUGAUGGGGCCAGAAAGCCUUGCGUGCACAGCCAUGGGGACCUGGACUGGGGACUCCCCACACUGUGAAGCCAUCACCUGCCCAGAGCUCCAUGCUCCAGUCUGGGGAGAGCUGAACUGCUCCCACCUCCAUGGGGAUUUUGCUUUUGGCUCCACGUGUGUCUUCUCCUGCCAGAUGGGGUUUGCACUGAUGGGGCUGGAGAGCCACAAGUGCACGGCCAUGGGGACCUGGACUGGCGAAACUCCACAAUGCAAAGCCAUCAGCUGCCCGGAGCUGGACCCCCCCAGCAGAAGUCACCUGAGCUGCUCUCACAUGUAUGGGAAUUUCACAUACAACUCCACGUGCACCUUUUCCUGUGAGGAGGGGUUUGUUCGGAUGGGAGCAGAGGUGCUCUGGUGUGCAGUCACAGGGAACUGGACUAGGCAACCCCCUGUCUGUGCAGAGGAUGGUGCCCUCUUCUUAAAGCAAGUCCUGGCCUACAGCAGUGGCACAGCUCUGGCGGUAGCUGGUGUCAUGCUCUCUGGGAUGCUCAUUGCCCUCAUAGCCAAGCGGCUCAGUGACAGAGAGGAGAAGAAGAAGCUCUUGAACCCUACCAGUGACCUAGGCUCGCCUGGCAUCUUCACCAAUGCAGCCUAUGAUGCCAACCUGUAAGCCUGGCCCGGACCAAACCCCACCGUGUUCCCCAGCGCCGCAGACCCAGCAGGAGCUGCUGCCAGGGCCUAGAAGGGCUUCGUGUCUUUGCCUGCAGUCCCGACCUGCGCUGCCCGUGGAAGCGGCACCCCCGUUGCGUGCGCGCACACACACACACACACACACACACACACACACACACACACAGGCGCUGCCUCCCCGCAAAGACGUGCACCAGCACCGGGGCCGCUGGCCGCCCUCUGGGGCCAGGCCUGGGCCGGGUCCGUCCCCUGACGGAGCUGCCUCCCUGCUCCCGCCGUUCAUGGUUCUAGCGACGGGCUUGUGCCAGUGAGGCCUCAAUAAACUGCUGCGC